AGACCAAAAUUAGCGAUUCUAUUUAUUAUUAUUAUUCUUAAUAUUAUUUAUUAGUCUUAUUAUUAUUAUUCUCGCUGCACAAACGUCUAGCACUGUGCUUUGUGGAUCUUUUAAAAAAAUUAAUAAUAAAAAAUAAUUCCCUGAAACCUUUUAGCAAAUCUGUAGAAGAGUUGAAGCCUUUCAAGACCCAAUAUUUGCCAUUAAGAAUGGUUAUGAUAAUUAGCACCAUGGAGCCUCAGGUGUCGAAUGGCCCUACUUCCAAUACAACCAAUGGACCCUCCAGCAACAGUAGAAACUGCCCUUCCCCCAUGCAGACAGGGGCUGCUACAGAUGACAGCAAAACCAACCUCAUAGUCAACUAUUUACCCCAGAACAUGACCCAGGAGGAGUUCAGGAGUCUCUUUGGGAGCAUUGGUGAAAUUGAAUCCUGCAAGCUCGUGAGGGACAAAAUUACAGGGCAGAGUUUAGGGUAUGGAUUCGUUAACUAUAUUGAUCCAAAGGAUGCAGAGAAAGCCAUUAACACUUUAAAUGGACUCAGACUCCAGACCAAAACCAUAAAGGUGUCAUAUGCCCGUCCAAGUUCAGCAUCGAUCAGAGAUGCGAACUUGUACGUCAGCGGCCUUCCGAAAACAAUGACCCAGAAAGAAUUAGAGCAGUUAUUCUCACAAUAUGGGCGCAUCAUCACCUCACGGAUUCUGGUUGAUCAAGUCACAGGGGUUUCUCGAGGUGUGGGAUUUAUCCGUUUUGAUAAGAGAAUAGAGGCAGAAGAAGCCAUAAAGGGACUAAAUGGCCAGAAGCCUAGUGGUGCUACAGAACCAAUUACUGUGAAGUUUGCCAAUAACCCCAGCCAGAAAACAAGCCAGGCACUCCUUUCACAGCUGUAUCAGUCUCCCAACAGACGCUACCCUGGACCACUUCACCACCAGGCUCAGAGAUUCAGGCUGGACAAUUUGCUUAAUAUGGCCUAUGGCGUAAAGAGGUUUUCUCCGAUCACAAUUGAUGGCAUGACGAGCCUUGUCGGAAUGAAUAUCCCUGGUCACACUGGAACUGGAUGGUGCAUCUUCGUCUACAACUUGUCUCCCGACUCAGAUGAGAGCGUGCUGUGGCAGUUGUUUGGUCCCUUUGGAGCGGUCAAUAAUGUCAAGGUGAUCCGUGAUUUCAACACCAACAAGUGCAAGGGAUUUGGCUUUGUCACCAUGACCAACUACGACGAAGCCGCCAUGGCGAUUGCCAGCCUUAAUGGAUACCGUUUAGGAGACAGAGUAUUGCAAGUUUCCUUUAAAACCAAUAAAACCCACAAAUCCUGAAUUUCAUAUCCUUACUUACUAAAAUAUAUAUAUAUAAAUAUAUAUACGAACAAAACAAAACAAAAAAAAAAACUCUUCAAGGCUUAUAUUCAACCAUGGACUUUAUAAGCCAGUGUUGCCUAAGUAUUAAAACAUUGGAUAUCCUGUGAGGAACAGGGAAGGAUUUUAUAAUGCUUAGAAAAAAAAAACCUUUGAUGCAUUGAAUGUUCUUUCAUAGCUGUCGUUGUUGAAUAUAAUAUACAUAGAUAACAAUGUGCAGGGAUUUUUACCCGGCCAGCUAGUUUUACUACCUUCCUUGAAGGUGGGUCUUUUUAAGAUGACCAUUCACUCAUAUGAAAACAUAAUAAAACAAAAAACAAUUUUUACAA